GUUCCAUUGGUUUCUCUCUCUCUCUCAAUCCCUCCAUCUUUUUGACUCGCUUUCUCUCUAACCAUGCAGAUCGGAAUAACGCUUCCAAAUUCUCACCUUUUUCAGCCAAAGGAAGUCAAGUUAAAGUGCAACGGGUUUCCAUUAAACGCUUCAGUAAAUGGACAAAGUGUAAAUUUAAAAACACUCUCACCAUCUACUGAAAUGACCAAAAAACACAUUGCCAAUCUUGAAAAACUUCUACAAAAAACAAACCCAGUUGAUUCAAAUCCUGUAAUUCAACAAUCCUGUAACAACAGGUCGACUUUAGAGAAUAAGAGAAGAAAUUUGUUAGAAGGGCUCAAUUUGGCUAACAUUUGGCCAGACGAGAUGAGAAAAGCAGCUGAAGAAAUGUCACCAAGGCAUUUAAACAGGCUAAAAAGACUCUUAUCAUCUAAAUCAAUUGAAUUUUCACCUAGGAAUAAUCUCGCUAGCCGGUGGAAGGAGUAUCACGGCAGUAAUAACUGGCUCGGCUUACUCGAUCCACUAGACGAAAAUCUCCGUAGAGAAUUAGUUCGAUACGGGGAGUUUAUACAGGCGGCUUACCAUUGUUUUCAUUCCGAUCCCGCCACGUCAGCGGAGGAAGUUUUGCCGGAGAGACACGUGGCAUUGCCCGAUAGGUCGUACAAGGUAACGAAGAGUCUUUAUGCAACUUCAUCUAUUGGUUUGCCUAAGUGGGUGGAUGACGUGGCUCCUGAUCUCGGAUGGAUGACUCAGCGGUCUAGCUGGAUCGGUUACGUGGCGGUAUGUGAGGACAGGAAUGAGAUUCGACGAAUGGGAAGGAGGGAUGUUGUUAUCGCGUUACGUGGGACCGCCACAUGUUUAGAGUGGGCAGAGAAUUUCCGUGACUUGUUAGUGGAACAAAAUGUUGGUGAUGAUUGUGCAGCAGGAGCAGUACAGUCUAAAGUAGAAUGUGGUUUUUUGAGUUUGUACAAAACGAGUGAUGAUCAUCGAGUGCCUAGUUUAGCUGAAUCAGUAGUUAACGAAGUGCAGAGGUUGAUCGAACAAUACAAAGGCGAACCUUUAAGCAUCACAAUUACCGGGCACAGUCUAGGUGCGGCAUUAGCCCUUUUGGUCGCGGAUGAUUUAAGCACAUGCGUGCCGAACGCACCACCAGUAGCAGUUUUUUCCUUCGGAGGCCCACGAGUAGGCAACCGAGGUUUCGCGGACCGUCUUAAUGAUAACAACGUUAAGGUGUUACGUAUCGUGAAUAAUCAAGACGUGAUCACGAGGGUUCCGGGCAUGUUUGUAAGUGAAGAGCUGGACAAAAAGCUUAGAGAAUCGGGUGCGGCUCGCGUGCUAGAUAUGUUAGAUUGUAGAAUGCCAUGGGCGUACUCACACGUUGGGACUGAAUUUCGAGUUGACACAAAGAUGUCACCAUUUUUGAAGCCUAACGCGGAUGUUGCAUGCUGUCAUGAUUUAGAGGCGUAUUUGCACUUGGUGGAUGGAUUCACGGCAUCUAAUUGUCCAUUUAGGCCUAAUGCCAAGAGAAGUCUUGUGAGGUUGCUAAAUGAACAAAGGUCUAAUUUUAAAAGACUUUACACUAGCAAGGGGAAGAGCUUAACUAUCAAUCUUGAUAGAGAGCAUAAUUUCUCUACUUCUAGUUGUUUGCCUAGUCCGUCAUCUUGAUAUUAUAUAUUAGCAGGGAAUGUGUACUUCAUGUACAAAGAAGUAACGAGAAGUAUAUGUUUUCGAUGUACUUGCUUUUCUAUUGUUUAGGAGUCGUUUGAUCGUGAAAAUUAUUCUUUUUUUUUAUGGAAUAAUUUUUUACUUUAUUUAAAAAUUAGUGUUUGGCCGUAAAAGUUCAAAUCCAACACUUGAAGUUAGAUCAAUUUGAUAACCUGCAUUUCAGCUCAAUUGAUCUUCAUAAUUCCAAAUAAAAUAAUGUUGUUUUCUCUCA